GGCAUUUGAAAGAGUGGAUAACACUUUCAGUCUUCUUCUUCUUCGUUGUGAUAGUGAGGUCAGGGAACAACAAUGGCUUCCUCUGCAACAGCUCCAAAUUCGCUAUCUUUCUUCUCAUCUUCUCUGUUUCUAUCUUCCUCUCACCAAAUCCCUAAAACCCACAUUUCCGUUUCGAAAUUCGGCUCCGGCAGAGUAUCGAAGCCUCUCUCCGUCGCUUCCCAGCUAGCGACUCUACCAAUCAUCUCAUUCGAAGGGGAGAAGGUUGGAGAGACGUAUCUUGACCUCAAAACGGCGCCGGAAGAUACUGCGCGUGCCGUUGUUCACCGAGCCAUCGUGACGGACCUGCAGAACAAGCGGCGAGGUACUGCGUCGACGCUGACUCGUGCUGAAGUUCGUGGUGGUGGAAUCAAACCUUACGCACAGAAGAAAACUGGUAACGCGAGGCGUGGAUCUCAGAGAACGCCGUUACGUCCCGGUGGAGGUGUGGUAUUUGGGCCGAGACCUAAGGAUUGGUCAAUUAAAAUCAAUAGGAAGGAGAAGAAGCUGGCUAUAUCGACGGCGAUUUCGAGUGUGGCUUCUGCGGAAGGUGGUGCCAUAGUGGUGGAGGAAUUUGGGGAGAAGUUUGAGAAGCCGAAGACGAAAGAUUUCUUAGCUGCAAUGAAGAGGUGGGGAUUGGAUCCUAAGGAGAAAGCUAUGUUUUUGAUGAUUGAUGUGGAUGAGAAUGUCGCCAAAUCAAGUAGGAACAUUGGAACGUUGAGAAUGUUGACGCCUAGGACGCUGAAUCUGUUUGACAUUUUGAACUCUGAGAAGCUUGUGUUGACUCCUGCGGCGGUUGAGUUCCUGAAUGCGAGGUACGGUGUUGAUGCGUUGGAAGAGGAGGAUGAAGAUGACGCUGAGGAAGGGUCAGAGGAAGCUGAAGAAUGAGUAGCACCGUAGUUCCAAGAUUGCUUCAAGUGUGGCUUAUGAGAUUAAUCUUCAGUACAUGUUUUUUUACUCUUCUUGAUGAGGUCUUCUCUUUCCUUUUUGUGGUAUAACAAGAGAAAUGUGCAUUUAUUUUUAGAGUUUUCAUAGAGAUCAUCCUCAAUUUCUUUUGUUAAAGUGCUUUGUGCUCAGCCCUCUUCGAUCAUGAGUCAAACCAUACGAUCUAAAAACCUCGAGAAUGUAGGCAUCUCUUAUUGAUUCAACUGUGUUGGUUUUA